UGGAAGGGAUGGUGGUACAAUCUACAGCCAGCUGUACACCAUGGCGAUACUACCUGGCCUCUCAAGCAGGAGGCAUUCUCAUCAGACAUGGACUGGUCAGCUCUUGAGCGUGGAGGCUGCAAUGGCCUUCAUCUGGUGAUCAUCACUCUGUCGUGGUGG